AUGCUAGCUGCCCUAUAUGCAGCAAAGAAGAAGCUCUCCCACUACUAUAGCAUGACUGAUGAUAUCCCUGAUGACCUUUACGCCAUUGGUACUAUUAUUGCCCCACAGCAGAAGCUUCAGUUCUUCUCUGGAAAGGACUGGGAUGACCCAGUGGCUGACUGGCAUGGACGCUAUCGUGCUAGUCUUGAGCGUUACCUUGAGCCCUAUCAGUGGCGGCUUCUGGAUACCCAAUUGCCUACUAGUGUUCAACCAUCAGCUAUGGCGAUCUCUGAGCUUGAGAUGAUAUGUGUGCCGCAAUCAUCUCAACAGUCAACUACCAACCCAGAUGAUGAGCUCUCUCUAUAUCUUGACAGUGCACUUGCAAGCCUUGCCCGUGACAUUCUCUCAAUCCCUGCCACUGGUGCUGGUGUAGAGCGGCUCUUUAACUCUGCUCGAGAUGUCUGCCACUAUCGACGAGGCUCUCUCAGCCCUGGAACUAUCCGAGACCUAAUGCUUUUUAUGUGUACAUCCCGGUUUGAUCUCAAGGAAGAACAGAGGGCAAUGAUCAAUGAGUAUCUCUCCUAUGAAGAGGUACAGGCGGACAGAGAGGAAAAAGACACCAAAGCAAGUGAAUUUGAUCCAAUUAGUGAU